GCAAUGAUAAUGUAGAGUUGGUAACCAUGUCAGUAAUAUAUAUUGCUUUGCAUCUUAUAAUCAUUGAUCGUUUCUUUUCAAGAAGUUUAACAUAUUUUUUUAAUAAUAUCAUUUUUAAAUCUUUAUGCAAAAAAUUAUUCUAAUAUUAACAUAAAAUAUAAUCUUUUUACAUUUUUCUUUAAGUGACAAUAAACAUGACAACAGCAUUGUAUCUAGAACAUUAUUUAGACAGUUUGGAACAUCUACCUAUUGAAUUACAAAGAAAUUUCACUUUAAUGCGAGAUCUUGAUGCUAGAGCACAAGGAUUAAUGAAAGAUAUAGAUAAAUUAGCAGAUGAUUAUUUAAAAAAUGUAAAGAAAGAAUCCCCAGAAAAGAAAAAGGAACAAUUGACUCAUAUUCAAAAUUUGUUUAAUAAAGCAAAGGAAUAUGGUGAUGAUAAAGUUCAAUUAGCAAUACAAACAUAUGAAUUAGUUGAUAAACAUAUUAGGAGAUUAGAUUCUGAUUUGGCUAGAUUUGAAGCUGAAAUACAAGAUAAAGCUUUAAAUAGUAGUAGGGCACAAGAAGAGAAUAAUGCUAGUAAAAAGGGUAGGAAAAAAUUAAAAGAAAAAGAAAAACGAAAGAAAGGUGCUGCAGGUACUAACAGUGAAGAUGAAUCAAAAACAGCUAGAAAAAAACAGAAAAAAGGAGGAUCUGUUGCUUCUGCUUCAUCAGCUGGAGCUGUAGGAAGUGGUGCUCAAGUAGACUCUACUGCACUUGGUCAUCCAGCAGAUGUUUUAGAUAUGCCAGUUGAUCCUAAUGAACCAACUUAUUGCCUAUGUCAUCAAGUUUCUUAUGGGGAAAUGAUAGGUUGUGAUAAUCCAGAUUGUCCUAUAGAGUGGUUCCAUUUUGCAUGUGUUGGAUUAACUACAAAACCUAAAGGAAAAUGGUAUUGUCCAAAAUGUACACAAGAUAGAAAAAAGAAGUAAGUUUUAUGAAAUGAAACAAUAUUGAUUUAUUUUAAAAUAAAAAAAAAUUCAUGCACUAUUACUAAAAUUAUAAUACAAUAUUUUUCAUGGUUUAACAUGAAAAUGAGCUGAUUUGUAUAAAGAUAAACAAAUAGGAAAUUU